AUCAGAGGUGCAUGAAAACAAACCACUCCGAGGGUCGGUGGUUCAUUUAAAACGGCAGUGAACCGAACAGUGAGUAUUUCACAGCUCCGUUUUCAUCUCUGGUCACUCUCACAUCGCAGCUGGAAGAUAGAAAAAGGAAGCAGCACAUGGAGGGGAGAACUUUGACUUUUCUUUUCUUAUCAGGUCUGUGUUUCCUUCCCGUCUGUUUCCCUCGUCGCUACAUCCUCGUUAGAGAGGCAUUAACCUGGACUGAAGCUCAGAGUUACUGCAGAGAGAAGUUCACAGACCUGGCCUCUGUGAGCAGCCAGCAGGAGUCAGAUCAGCUGCGAGAGGCUACAGAGGAACUUGAUGUGGGUCACCUGUGGAUCGGACUGUACAAUGACAUCGACAGCUGGAGGUGGUCCCUGGAGGAGGAGGGAUACUACGGAGAAGGAGAGGCCGAGUUCAGGAAGUGGGGUGUCCGGGAACCCAAUAACUUUAUGGGAAUCGAACACUGUGCAAUGAUGCAUAUCAGCGGCGUAUGGAUUGAUGUUUCUUGCAAUAUAAAGAUAUGGUUUACCUGCUUUAAGAACUCCUCCUCCAGCUUCAUCUUAGUGAAUGAGACAAAGACCUGGACGGAGGCUCAGAGAUACUGCAGAGAGCGCUACACUGACCUGGCCAGUGUGAGGAACCAAUCAGAGAAUGACCAGAUCAUGAAGAACAUGAAGAACAUGAAGAAGUAUUGCACCUGGAUCGGCCUCAACAGAGACUCGUGGAAGUGGUCUGAUGGGAGCCCCUAUUCCUUUACGAGUUGGAACAUUAGUAAACAGAUUGGCCCUGUGGUUCCUCCCUGUGUGCUUCUACACAAAGGGCUUUGGCAUAGCUGUAGGUGUGACGCAAAACUCUUCUUUUUGUGUCAUUUUGAGCCGGUGAAGCCGCAGCGGGUGCUGAGGGUGAAAGUGAUCCUAAAAGACUCGACUGUGAACCUGGAGGAGGCCGCAGACGCCAUUUUGCUGCAGUUCAGAGAGAGGCUGAAGGAGCACGGCCUGAGAGAAGACGUGAAGCUGACAUGGAGGAAGCAGCCGGAUGGAAAGAUCUUCAACCUGGAAAAAAGAGAGAAGAAGAAGAAGAAGAAGAAGAAGAAGGAGGAGGAGGAGGAGCAGUUCAUCUGUUCAUGAAUCGACUGCUGUGUUUUGUUGCUUUAGUUCGGGCUUGAGAUACCCAGUAUGUAGUUUUUGUACUUUUAGGGGGAGGUGCUGGAGCGACGGCUCACUGCGAGGCGCCUUCCUGUCUUUUGUUCGCUUUGGCCUUUUAGUUAUUCUUUGAUGACUUUGGGGUGUGGGGUGGGGGGAGCAUAUUUAAAUUGAAUAAAG